UGCGAGUAUACCACCCAUCCUCCUCAUCUCCAUCCACCUCUCUCCUGUUCACCUCUCCCUUUGUGGCUGUCUCUUGAGUCUUUGGCCUCCCUUUCUUUCCUGGCGACGACUACUGGGUGAGAGGCGGCGACCUUCGCCACGGCCCUUCGCCGGCGACGGGCACGCUCCAGGUAGUCUUGUAAACACUAAGGAGGUUUUGUAUUGUGUGCAUAAAAGGCAGUUCAUGAACACUUCACUAGCCAUGUCUGGUGUUUAUGAUGAGAAGCCACCUACAGAGGUUUCCACUGAUCCGUCAAGUUCAAGGAACAGCAUUGAUGAGGAUGAUGACUGGGUGAUAGUCAAGAAACAGCGGAUCACCAUAUUAAUUCCUCCACCAACACCAGAUGCUGCAAACCCUGAAUCAGAUAGGCCCACAGUAAGUUCUAAACAUUCUACCUUAACACAGAGCAAGAGAGACUGGAAUGCUGCCAGAAAGAAGCACCCUAAGCAGCUGAUUGCCAAGACACCCAAGGAUUUCCCUCCAGAAGAUGGCAUUAGUGAGAAAUUUCAAGUAGAGGGUUCUGGAAGUACAGUUCAAAAAGAUGUUCCAAGGAUCGUGGGUGACAUACCGCCACAGUGUCCUGCUGCCCCUGUUGUAAAGUCAGAAUGGACUGAAGGUGGAUGUCAGGCUGUUGAAGGACUGUUUCAUCAAGGCAGUGGGAAAGUGACAAAUUCUUCUGGAAUCAUGGAUGAUCCAAGGAUGCCAGUUAUUUCUUCACCUGUUGCGAAUAAGAUAAUGCGAGCCCGGCUCCUUGAGAGUCGUGUUGCUUGUUUUGGAGGACUGAGGAAUUGGCUUUUUUAUCGUGGUCUUGGAUGGUUUGUUGGCAUAUUGGACAGUGAAAAGCUGGGGAUGUACCAGCUAGUUUCCCUUACAAUGACCCAGCUGAAAGAAAUGGGCCUUGUUGCUGUAGGUCCAAGGAGGAAACUGAUCCAUGCCAUUGACAGUCUGUGUCACCCUAGCCAGGUUGAGAUGGUUUUUUGAUCUCUAGCACAUUUUAGUCAGCUAGAAAUGUCAGAAUGCUAUUUACAGGAAGGAAUGUCUGAAGUGGCCUCUGAUUGCAGUUAGUUUGGUGACGGAAACCAUAUAUGUCUUUUGGAUGGAUAGCUCAAGGUUGGCUCAUUAUCUAGAAUCAGAAGCUGAAGCGAGUGCUGAAAGUUUUUGGGAACAGGGAGACUAAAGUUCAUCCUGCUUUGAAAUAUGCUUUUCUAGACUACCCCUUGUACGAUAAUUGAUGUAGGUCAAGCUGAAAUCAUGUAAUCUUGCAGAUAUGGAGGGAUCUUUUAAUAGCACUUCAUUUUGUAAGAGCUGAGAACUUUUAGGAAAAGAUGUGUUGGGUCUCUCCCCAGGCAAAUUUUCGAUGUCUGAGUGGGUGGGAGGCUGCAUAAUUGUAAAGUUCCUGUGUUUGGAGUUGCAAGCACUGCUGCAGCUUCAGAAUUAAGAGGAUCUAACAUUCUAAAGGAAAGUAAAUCACAAGUCAGGCAGACAAGCUCCUUUGGGCUUUCCAUGGAGUGGACAGAUGGCUUGUUUCAGUGUCUUAA